AUGCUAACCAUUUUUCUCUCCUUCGUACUUGUCGGGUUUGCUGCAUGUCAAUUGGAGAUCAGCACUCGACUGAACCUAACUUUCCCAACGGAAGAGUUGUCUGAUGAAGAUAUGCAAGAGUGGUCCACUUUUAUAAAUAUUAUACGCGACAAUGCAACAACAAGGGAGCAGAAACUGAGCAAGAUAAGUGCACUGCUGGUUAAUGAAACUACAGAUGAAAAGAAUGAAGUUCUUGAGGAAGCUGAGUUGGCUAUUGAACUCAAUGAAUGGCUACAGGAAAAAGUGAAGGAUGUUGAUCCAAAGGUGAAAGAUGUCUUUAACAAAAUCUACAAUUUGCUCAGUGACAGCAGCUUUUUGAAGGAGACACCAAAAGAACGGGUAGCUCAGGUCGAAACAAUACUCAGACCACUCAACGAUAGUGAGUUGAUAGAACUUGAAAAGUUGGACGAAAUGAGCAAGGAGAAAGCGAAGGAGAUGGGCAUUAGUGAAGCUAUGUCGCUGGAAAAGAAGAGAAGACGUCGACGUUAA